AUGUUGACCUUCUUGCGGGACUAUAAUUACAAGGUUACUCAGUAUCUGACCACAAACCUAAUGUUGGCCUCGAUGGUCAUGAUGACUAGUGCCUUCUCCUAUGGCUUUGAGAACUCUGUCUUGUCCACGAUCCAGGCCAUGACAGGUGAAUGGGAGUUCAGUGCGACCCGGCUCGUCAUGCUGAAUUCUUUGCCCUUGAUCACAUACGCCAUCGUUGUCGUCGGUGCUUCCUUCAUUGGUGAGCGCUACGGCCGCCGGAUUGUCUUCGUUAUCAUCAACUCCUUCUGCCUCGCGGGUAUCGCUCUCAGCUACGCGGGUAAAAGCUUUGACUACGCUAUGGCCGGUAGAAUGAUAAUCCAGCUUCGUGUUGGUGGCGAGGCGUGGCUGGUGCCUAUGUGGAUGGCUGAGGUUGUCCCUGCCGCUGUGCGCGGCUCUAUGGUCGGUCUCUACGCUUUUAGCGGCGUCCUCGCAGGUUUUAUAGCCUCCGUCAUUACUGAUCAGACGGGCAAGAUGGACGAUAACAAUAGCUGGAGGAUUCCUGUUGGCUGUAUGUUCAUCUUCCCUUCCUUCGCCAUACUUACCUCGUUUCUCCUCCCAGAGUCACCCCGAUGGCUCUUGCAUCAGGGCAACCAUGACAAGGCUGUCGAGAUGAUCUAUUAUCUGCGCAGCGCGGAUCGUGACUUUCCGGCCGAGGCUGAGAUUCAGCGCAUCCAGGACACCAUCAAUGAAACCCCAACCAAGGGCAAGUGGUCUAAGCUCUUCAAGGGAACUAACGCGCGCCGAACUUGGGGUGGCCUUAUCGCGGCGGGCGCAGCGCAGCUCACCGGCCAGUCGUUUGCAUCCAACUACGGCACCAUCUUCCUCAAAUCGGUUGGUGUCAUUGAUCCCUUCACGGGCACCAUGAUCAAGAGAGCCGGUCUUCUGAUCGGCUGCAUCUUUGUGAUUUCGUUCGUCGAGAAGAUUGGCCGCCGACGGGUUGCGCUCGUCGUGGGCUCUAUUUCUGCUACCUGUCUCAUGGUAAUGAGCGGCUUGGGCACAGUAGUCACCCCUCCCAACCCAAGCGCACAGAAGGGCGUGUUGGCAAUGUCGAUCAUCUUCCCUUGCGCCUACAUGAUUGCAUUUGGCUCGACCAUGACUGUUGUCAAGUCUGAGAUCCCCCAUACGGCACUCCGAGACAAGUCAAACCUUCUCUUUUGGUCGUUUCCCAACGCUGCGAACUUCCUGGCCAGUUUUACCCUUCCGUAUCUGCUGAAGGCUCCCUAUGCCAACCUCGGGUCAAAGGUUGGCUUCAUCUAUGGUUGUACCAGCACGCUAUUUGUCGUCUUACUUUUCUUCUUCGUGCCGGAGAUGACUGGAAAGUUACUCGAAGAAAUUGAUGAAAUGUUCGAAUCCCGGAUCCCAGUGUGGAGAAGCAGAGGUUUUAAGGCUACUGGCGCAGCUGUAUCUGUGAUGGAAAUUGAGGCGCACGGGAGGACCUCUAUCGACUCAGCUAAGGUCCGAGGCAUUGAGCAUGUCGAGUUAAAAUAA